AUGGAUAUAUUAAAAUAUAUGACCCCACCUUUCCUCAAGGUUGGGAGGGGGUUACAAUUGACAAGUAAAGGAUGAAAUACAUCAAUGUUCGUUGAUCAUAUUCGAUGUAUACAUAUAAACCAAAUUUAAACUGUAUUUAAAAAUGUGCUCAAUUAAAAAAUUGUAUACAAAUGCGUGACACUGAACAUUGGUAAAAUGUUCAAAACAUGUUUUGUUGUAUAAUCCUUGAUGUUUAAGAUUUAUAUACUCAAAAGUUGUGAUCUACUCAUCUACACUAUACCAAUAUACUGUAGUAUGUACCCAAAUGCGCAUUCUACUUGACAGAUUGGAAAUAUUUGGAUAACAUGUGUUGUCAAAGCGUUUUUAGUCGGCAUUCAAUGGCUUUAUAUUCUAGUAAUACGAGUCGUAUGUAGCUUGACCGUAUGGUAGCGAGACGUAGCCCAUUUCUUUGUUCCGGGAGCAUUAGAGCAAAACUAAUGACUUAAUAUAAACACACAAAGGAAGUCAACACAGAGGAAAAUGUAAAAAAGGUCAAGUAUAGGUCAAGUGCAUCCGUGUUGAAAACUUAUAUAAAGCUUUAUUAAGUCGGCACAGCGGGUGAACAAGCAGUUUAUUAAAAAUUAUAUUGACUCACCUUCGUUUGAGCCGAGGUUAGAGCCUUCGUUUUGAGCCAUUUUCUUAAAAAAAUCUUUCAAUUUUCUAUUUACAAAUUGGGUACGCUUCGUAACCAGGCCAGGGAGCACUUUUUUGAAAUCAGGGACCAUAUUACUGAAAUCUGCUAGGCUCUCGCGCUGAAGCGCUCGGCACAGCACACCCAGGCAUAAAACUUAUAAAACAUUUAGAGCAGCGUUCAGCGCGAGAGCCUGGGACUAGGCUGUGUUGCUCACACUGAGAACAAGGUUCCUCACUCUGAGGAAAAGGUUCUUCACACUGAGGACAAGGUCCCUCACACUGGGGACAAAGUUCCUCACUCUGAGUACAAGGUUUCUCACACUAAGGACAAGGUUCCUCACUCUCAAAACUAGGCUCCUCACUCUGAGAACAAGGAUCCUCACUCUGCGAACAAGGGUUCCUCAAUCUGACGACAAGGUUCUUCACACUGAGAACAAGGUUCCUCAAUCUGAGAACAAGGUUCGUCACUCUGAGAACAAGGUUCCUCACUCUGAGGACAAGGUUUCUCACACUGAGAACAAGGUUCCUCACUCUGAAGUCAGGUUCCUCACUCUGAGGACAAGGUUCCUCACUCUGAGGACAAGGUUAUUCACACUGAGGGCAAGGUUCCUCACACUGAGGACAAGUUUCCUCACUCUGAGGACAAGUAUCUUCACUCUGAGGACAAGGUGCUCACUCUGAGGACAAGGUUCAGCCCUCUGAAGACAGGUUCCUCACACUAAGGAAAAGGUUCCUCACUCUGAGAACAAGGUUCCUCACUCUGAGGACAAGGUUUCUCACACUGAGGACAAGGUUCCUCACUCUGAAGUCAGGUUCCUCACUCUGAGGACAAGGUUCCUCACUCUGAGGACAAGUUUCUUCACACUGAGGACAAAGAUCCGUACUCUGAGAAGAAGGUUCCUGACACUGAGGACAACGUUCCUCACUCUGAGGACAAGGUUCCUCACUCUGAGGAAAAGGUUCCUCACACUGAGGACAAGGCUCCUCACUCUGAGGACAAGGCUCCUCACCCUAAGGACCAGGUUCCUCACUCUGAGGAUAAGGUUCUUGACUCUGAGGACAAGGUUCCUCACUCUGAGGACAAGGUUCCUCAUUCUGAGGACAAUGUUCCUCACUCUGAAGUCAGGUUCCUCACUCUGAAGACAAGGUUCCUCACUCUGAGGACAAGGUUCUUCACUCUGAGGACAAGGGUCCGCACUCUGACAACAAGGUUCUUCACUCUAAGGACAACGUUCCGCACUCUGAAGGCAGGUUCCUCAAACUGAGGACAAGUUUCCUCGUUCUGAGGACAAGGUUCCUCACUCUGAGGACAAGGUUCCUCACUCUGAAGUCAGGUUCGUCACUGUGAAGACAAGGUUCCUCACUCUGAGGACAAGGUUCUUCACUCUGAGGACAAGGAUCCGCACUCUGACAAGAACGUUCCUCACUCUGAGGACAACGUUCCGCACUCUGAAGGCAGGCUUUCACACUGAGGACAAGUUUCCUCGUUCUGAGGACAAGGUUCCUCACUUUGAGAACAAUGUUCCUCACUCUAAAGUCAGGUUCCUCACUCUGAAGACAAGGUUCCUCACUCUGAGGACAAGGUUCUUCACACUGAGGACAAGCGUCCGCACUCUGGCAAGAACGUUCCUCACUCUGAGGACAACGUUCCGCACUCUGAAGGCAGGCUCUCACACUGAGGACAAGUUUCCUCGUUCUGAGGACAAGGUUCCUCACUUUGAGAACAAUGUUCCUCACUCUAAAGUCAGGUUCCUCACUCUGAAGACAAGGUUCCUCACUCUGAGGACAAGGUUCUUCACACUGAGGACAAGCGUCCGCACUCUGGCAAGAACGUUCCUCACUCUGAGGACAACGUUCCGCACUCUGAAGGCAGGCUCUCACACUGAGGACAAGUUUCCUCGUUCUGAGGACAAGGUUCCUCACUUUGAGAACAAUGUUCCUCACUCUAAAGUCAGGUUCCUCACUCUGAAGACAAGGUUCCUCACUCUGAGGACAAGGUUCUUCACACUGAGGACAAGCGUCCGCACUCUGGCAAGAACGUUCCUCACUCUGAGGACAACGUUCCGCACUCUGAAGGCAGGCUCUCACACUGAGGACAAGUUUCCUCGUUCUGAGGACAAGGUUCCUCACUUUGAGAACAAUGUUCCUCACUCUAAAGUCAGGUUCCUCACUCUGAAGACAAGGUUCCUCACUCUGAGGACAAGGUUCUUCACACUGAGGACAAGCGUCCGCACUCUGGCAACAAGGUUCCUCACUCUGAGGACAAGGUUUUUCACACUGAGGACAAGGUUCCUCACUCUCAAGUCAGAUUCCUCACUCUGAGCACAAGGUUCCUCACUCUGAGGACAAGUUUCUUCACACUGAGGACAAAGUUCCGCACUCUGAGAAGAAAGUUCCUGACUCUGAGGUCAAGGUUCCUCACUCUGAGGACAAGGUUUCUCACUCUGAGGAAAAGGUAUCUCACACUAAGGGCAAAGCUCCUCACUCUGAGGACAAGGCUCCUCACUCUGAGAACAAGGUUCCUCACUCUGAGGACAAGGUUCUUCACUCAGAGCAAAAGGUUCCUCACACUGAGGACAAGGCACCUCACUCUGAAGACAACGCUCCUCACUCUGUGGACCAAGUUCCUGACUCUGAGGACAAGGUUACUCACUCUGAGGACAAGGUACCUUUCUCUGAGGACGAGGUUCCUCACACUGAGGACAAGGCUCCUCACUCUGAGGACAAGGCUGUUCACACUGAGGACAAGGUUCCGCACUCUGAGAAGAAUGUCCUCACUCUGAGGACAAGGUUCCUCACUCUGAGGAAAAGGUUCCUCACUCUGAGGACAAGGUUCCUCACCCUGAAGACAGAUUCCUCAGUCCGAGGACAAGGCUCAUCACUCUGAGAACAAGGUUCCUCAGUCUGAAAACAAGGUUCCUCACUUUGAGAACAAGGGUUCCUCAAUCUGCGGACAAGGUUCGUGUCACUGAGGACAUGGUUCCUCACUCUGAGAACAAGUUUCCUCACUCUGAGAGCAAGGUUCCUCACCCUGAGGACAAGGUUUCUCACCCUGAGGGCAAGGUUCCUCACACUGAGGACACGUUUCCUCACCCUGAGGACAACGUUCCGCACUCUGAUGGCAGGUUCCUCACACUGCGGACAAGGUUCCUCGCUCUGAGGACAAGGUUCCUCACUCUGAGGACAAGAUUAAUCACACUAAGGACGAGGUUCCUCACUCGGAGAACAAGGUUCUUCACUCUAAGGACAAGGUUCCUCACUCUGAAGAGAACGUUCCGCACUCUGCUGGCAGGUUCCUCACACUGCGGACAAGGUUCCUCGCUCUGAGGACAAGGUUCCUCACUCUGAGGACAAGGUUCCUCACACUAAGGACGAGGUUCCUCACUCGGAGAACAAGGUUCCUCACUCUGAGUACAAGGUUCCUCACUCUGAGGACAAGGUUCCUCACUCUGAAGUCAGGUAUCUCACUCUGUAGACAAGGUUCCUCACUGUGAGAACAAGGAUCCUUACUCUGAGGUAAAGGUUCCUCACACUGCGGACAAGGCUCCUCGCACUAAGGACAAGGUUCCUGACUCUAAAAACAAGGUUCCUCACUCUGAGGACAAGGUUCCACACACUGAGGAAAAGGUUCCUCACACGGAGGACAAGGUUUGUCAGCCUGAGGACAAGGUUCCUCACACUGAAGGCAUCUUCCAUCCGCUGAGGACAAAGUUUCUCACUCUGAGGACAAGGUACCUCACUCUGAGGACUAUGUUCCUCACACUGAGGUCAAGGUUCUCACUCUAAGGACAAGGUUCCUCAAUCAGAAUGCAGGUUCCUCACACUGAGGACAAGGUUCUUUCCUCUGAGGACAAGGUUCCUAACUCUGAGGACAAGGUUCCUCACUCUGAGGACAAUGUUCCUCACUCUGAAGUCAGGUUCCUCACUCUGAAGACAAGCUUCCUCACUCUGAGGACAAGGUUCUUCACUCUGAGGACAAGGGUCCGCACUCUGACAACAAGGUUCCUCACUCUGAGGAGAACGUUCCGCACUCUGAAGGCAGGUUCCUCACACUGAGGACAAGUCUCCUCGUUCUGAGGACAAGGUUCCUCACUCUGAGGACAAGGUUCCUCACUCUGAGGACAAUGUUCCUCACUCUGAAGUCAGGUUCCUCACUCUGAAGAUAAGGUUCCUCACUCUGAGGACAAGGUUCUUCAUACUGAGGAGAAGCGUCCGCACUCUGGCAACAAGGUUCCUCACUCUGAGGACAAGGUUUCUCACACUGAGGACAAGGUUCCUCACUCUCAAGUCAGAUUCCUCACUCUGAGGACAAGGUUCCUCACUCUGAGGACAAGUUUCUUCACACUGAGGACAAAGUUCCGCACUCUGAGAAGAAAGUUCCUGACUCUGAGGACAAGGUUCCUGACUCUGAGGACAAGGUUCCUCACUCUGAGGAAAAGGUUUCUCACACUAAGGACAAGGCUCCUCACUCUGAGGACAAGGUUCCUCACUCUGAGGAGAAGGUUCUUCACUCAGAGGAAAAGGUUCCUCACUCUGAGGACAAGGCUCCUCACUCUGAGGACAAGGCUCCUCACUCUGUGGACCAGGUUUCUGACUCUGAGGACAAGGUUCCUCACUCUGAGGACAAGGUACCUCACUCUGAGGACAAGGCUGUUCACACCGAGGACAAGGUUCCGCACUCUGAGAAGAAUGUCCUCACUCUGAGGACAAGGUUCCUCACUCUGAGGAAAAGGUUCCUCACUCUGAAGACUAGGUUCCUCACUCUGAAGACAGAUUCCUUAGUCCGAGGACAAGGUUCAUCACUGUGAGAACAAGGUUCCUCACUCUUAAAACAAGGUUCCUCACUCUGAGAACAAGGGUUUCUCAAUCUGCGGACAAGGUUAGUGUCACUGAGGACAUGGUUCCUCACUCUGAGAACAAGUUUCCUCACUCUGAGAGCAAGGUUCCUCUCCCUGAGGACAAGAUUCUUCACCCUGAGGGCAAGGUUCCUCACACUGAGGACAAGUUUCCUCACUCUGAGGACAACGUUCCGCACUCUGAUGGCAGGUUCCUCACACUGCGGACAAGGUUCCUCGCUCUGAGGACUAGGGUCCUCACUCUGAGGACAAGGUUCCUCACACUAAGGACGAGGUUCCUCACUCUAAAAACAAGGUUCCUCACUCUGAGGACAAGGUUCCUCAAUCUGAGGAGAAGGGUGGUCACUCUGAAGACAAGGUUUUCACUAUAAGUCAAGGUUUCUCAUUCUGAGGACAAUGUUCCACACUCUGAGGACGAGGUUCCUCACUCUGAGGACAAGGUACCUCACACUGAGGACAAGUUUCUUCACUCCGCAGUCAGAUUUCUCACUCUGGGGACAAGAUUCCUCAAUCUGACGACAAGGUUUCUCACUCUGAAGUCAGGUUCCUCACUCUGAGGACAAGGUUUAUCAGUCUGAGGACAAGGAUCGUCACUCUGAGGACAAGGUUUCACUAUGAGGAAAAGGUUCCUCACUCUGGCAACAAGGCUCCUCACUCUGAGGACAAGGUUUCUCACACUAAGGACAACGUUCCUCACUCUAAAAACAAAGUUUAUUACUCUGAGGACAAGGUUCGUAACUCUGAGGACAAGGGUCUUCACUAUGAGGACAAGGUUCCUCACUCUGAGGACUAGGUUCCUCACUCUGAGGACAAGGUUUUCCAUUCUGAGUACAAGGUUGCUCACUGUGAGGACAAGGUUCCUCACUCUGAAAACAAGGUUCCUCACUCUGAGGACAAGGUUCCUCACUCUAAGUACAAGGUUCCUCACCCUGAGGAGAAGGUACCUCACUCUGAGGACGAGGUUCCUCACACUGAGGACAAGGUUCCUCACCCUGGGGACAAGGGUUCUCACACUGAGGACAAGGUUCCUCACUCUGAAGUCAGGUUCCUCACUCUGAGCACAAGGUUUAUCACUCCGAGAACAAGGUUGCUCACUCUGAAAACAAGGUUCCUCACUCUGAGAACAAAGGUUCCUCAAACUGAGGACAAGGUUCCACACACAAAGGACAUGGCUCCUCACUCUGAGAACAAGUUUCCUCACUCUGAGAGCAAAGUUCCUCACCCUGGGGACAAAGUUCCUCACCCUGAGGACAAGUUUCCUCACCCUGAGGACGAGGUUCUUCAAACUAAGGACAAGGUUCCUUACUGUAAAGACAACGUUCCGCACUCUGAUGGCAGUUUCCUCAGACUGCCGACAAGGUUCCUCGCUCUGAAGACAAGGUUCCUCACUCUGAAGACAAGGUUCCUCACUCUGAAGUCAGGUUCCUCACUCUGAGGACAAGGUUCCUCACACUGAGGACAAGGUUCCUCACUCUGAGAACAAGCGACCCUCACUCUGAGGACAAAGUUCCUCACACUGAGGAGAAGGUUCCUCACACUGAGGACAAGGUUCCUCUCUCUGAGAACAAUGUUCGUCACUCUGACGACAAGGUUCCUCACUCUGAGGAAAAGGUUCGUCACACUGAGGAUAAUUUUGCUCACUCUGAGACCAAGGUUCCUCACUCUGACGACAAGGUUCCUCACUCAGAGGAAAAGAUUCCUCACUCUGAGGACAAGGUACCUCUCUCUGAGGACAAGUUUCCUCACUCUGAGGACAAGUUUCCUCACUCUCAGGACAAGGCACCUCACUCUGAGGACGAGGUUCGUCACACUGAGGACAAGGUUCCUCACUCUGAGGACAAGGUUCCUCACUCUGAGGACAAGGUUCCUCACUCUGACGACAAGGUUCCUCACUCUGAGGACAAGGUUCCUCACUCUGAGGACAAGGUUCCUCACUCUGAGGACAAGGUUCCUUACUCUGAGGACAAGGUUCCUAUCUCUGAAGGCAGAUUUCUCACUCUGAAGACAAGGUUCCUCAUUCUGAGGACAAGGUUCCUCUCUCUCAGAACAAGGUUCCUCACUCAAAGGACAAGGUUCUUCACUCUGAGGACAAUGUUCGUCACUCUGAGGACAAGGUUCUUCACUAUGAGAACAAGGUUCCUCACUCUGAGGAGAAGGUUAUUCAAACUGAGGAAAAGGUUCCUCAAUCGGACGACAAGGUUCCUCACCCUGAGGACAAUGUUCCUCACACUGAGGACAAGGGUCCUCACUCUGAGGACAAGGUUCCUCACACUAAGGACAAGGUACCUCAUUCUGAAGAAAAGGUUCCUCGUUCUGAUGACAAGGUUCCUCUCUCUCAGAACAAGGUUCCUCACUCAAAGGACAAGGUUCUUCACUCUGAGGACAAUGUUCGUCACUCUGAGGACAAGGUUCUUCACUAUGAGAACAAGGUUCCUCACUCUGAGGAGAAGGUUAUUCAAACUGAGGAAAAGGUUCCUCAAUCGGACGACAAGGUUCCUCACCCUGAGGACAAUGUUCCUCACACUGAGGACAAGGGUCCUCACUCUGAGGACAAGGUUCCUCACACUAAGGACAAGGUACCUCAUUCUGAAGAAAAGGUUCCUCGUUCUGAUGACAAGGUUCCUCUCUCUCAGAACAAGGUUCCUCACUCAAAGGACAAGGUUCUUCACUCUGAGGACAAUGUUCGUCACUCUGAGGACAAGGUUCUUCACUAUGAGAACAAGGUUCCUCACUCUGAGGAGAAGGUUAUUCAAACUGAGGAAAAGGUUCCUCAAUCGGACGACAAGGUUCCUCACCCUGAGGACAAUGUUCCUCACACUGAGGACAAGGGUCCUCACUCUGAGGACAAGGUUCCUCACACUAAGGACAAGGUACCUCAUUCUGAAGAAAAGGUUCCUCGUUCUGAUGACAAGGUUCCUCUCUCUCAGAACAAGGUUCCUCACUCAAAGGACAAGGUUCUUCACUCUGAGGACAAUGUUCGUCACUCUGAGGACAAGGUUCUUCACUAUGAGAACAAGGUUCCUCACUCUGAGGAGAAGGUUCCUCACACUGAGGAAAAGGUUCCUCACUCGGACGACAAGGUUCCUCACCCUGAGGACAAUGUUCCUCACACUGAGGAACAAGGUUCCUCACUUUGA